GCAACGCGUCUGGAUCUGGAUUCUUUGUUACAUUCUUCUCCCAAAGUUCCAGUUUGAUAAUCUCAAUAGGCAUCCCUUCGAAACCAGAUUUUGCGGCAUAAAUUUCUCGCUGAGGGCUGGUGAAAACUCUGUACAGAUCAUGAAGUCUAUUCCUGAUCUUGCUCCUUUAGAAGCAGUAUUGUUUGAUGUUGAUGGAACUUUAUGUGAUUCUGAUCCUCUCCACUAUCAAGUCUACUGUGAAAUGCUCCCAGAGAUUGGUUUCAAUAAUGGAGUUCCAAUCGAUGAAGAAUUCUUCAUCAAAAAUCUUGCUGGGAAGCACAAUCCUGAUAUAGCCGUCCUUCUCUACCCUGAUGAUAUACCAAGGGGCUUAAAGUUCAUGGAAGAUAAGGAAGAAAGGUUUCGCAGGUUGGUCUUGGAAAACUUACCACCGAUAAAGGGUCUAUACAAACUAACAAAAUGGAUCAAAGAUUGUGGGUUAAAGCGAGCAGCUGUAACUAAUGCUCCGAAACAGAAUGCCGAACUCAUGAUCUCGAAACUUGGCCUCAAAGAGUUCUUCGAUGUUGUUAUUCUAGGAAGUGAUUGCAAGCGUGCUAAGCUGUAUCCAGAUCCUUACUUGAAGGCACUUGAAGUACUCAAGGUGUCAAAGGAUCACACAUUUGUUUGUGAGGACUCAGUAUCGGGGAUAAAAGCAGGAGUUGCAGCAGGGAUGCCAGUUGUGGGGUUAACGACUAGAAACCCUGAAAGUGUUCUUAAGGAAGCUAAUCCAACUAUUCUCAUAAAAGAUUAUGAAGACCCUAAGUUAUGGGAGGCCUUAGAGGAGCUUGAUAAGAGGAGAGGUUGAAAACAUCCGCUUGAAUUCCAAAGCCAUUUAGGAGGUUUAACUUUAUUCGAAUAAUAAUACACCCACAAUUUGCUUAUUCAUAUGAUUCU